GCUGAAGAGAGGUGGUCGCUGACGAGAGGUGGUCGCAACCAGAGGUUCGACUGUAGUAUCUCUAGUUUGAGACUGGGCUCCAAAACAGACCUCAGUACUUUAGUUAAGCAAAUAAAAUCGGACAGAAAAAGUCGCGAUAUUUGCUCGUCUGGAAAGCAGAAGUCAAUAAUGCAAUGCGUCUCGCGAGUAACCGGUUUGUUUAAGGAUUGCUACACGCGCAAUUGGCCGGUGCGGAAAUUCAGAACUCAUGCGGUUUCUUUGGUUAUUCAUUUAUUUAUUUUCAAACGCAACUCGGUAAAGGUAGUGAGCGGGCUGAUGGAUGUGAAAGCAAAAAGAGGUGGAUAAAAAAAGAGACAGGACUGCAGUUCUAUUGGCUAAUGGUGACAUUGUUGUCUUUAUCCCGUUACUCGCUUCGACCGUCGACGGAAACAUCUAUUUGCCAGUGAUUUGCAUAUUGCAAUAAUAAUAUGUUCGUUGGUCGACGUUUCAAGUAAGUUGAAAGUAGAGUCAGUUAGAUGCGACACCGCACUGAACAGCCUAGCCUUAAACUCCCAAAACCAGUACAUCCGAUUUUUGAGCUCUGCAAGAACACUUCGACCUCGACUAUCCCAUGCUUGCGAUUUGCGCGGGAUAAAUAAUUUCCAAGAAACAAAAAUCACGUUUCAGGUAAGCUCUAUUUCAAAGGCUUUAUUUCACCGAAAACAAAAUGAGUAGCUUUAUUCUUGAAUCUAUCUUCUCCUAGUACACUUCAUAGAACGCUCUACUAACAACAAUACACUGCUUCGAAAUUAGGCCAUCUCCGAAAAGAAAAAUCCCUCAAGCUAUAAUUCAAAAAAUGACAGUGAAGAAGCUCGACACAAGCUGUAAUUAUUAUAUUUUACACCGAAUGUAGGUUGCCCGAUUUAAAGAUCAAAGUUACUUGAGCUAUCAAGCGAACGAUUUAAGCCUCAUAAAUCGGGCAUUUCAUUUUCUCAACUUAAUUCUGGCAUAAAAUGGCCAUAAUAUUACAAAUAAACUAGAGAUAUGAUUUGUUCGCACGGGCUUGCCAAGUUUCGGCCGGACACUCGACAAAUGCUAGUUGCUAUGUGAAAAGAUUCGGUGGAUAUAUAUAUCAAUGUAUAGCAUGGUUAAUGUACAGAAUAAUUCUUUAAUUGUUUGGUUUUGACUCUCACAGCCCUGUUUGUUAAUGUUUAGAUCUCAUUUGAUGGGGCAGUAAAUGGCCGAUCCGGUUUUCAAUUAUUCCCUCGCUGAGCAGGCGAGCUAAUACAGGGGCCGCGAAAAAAAAUAAGGACCGAGCGCAACGCGUUCAUAUAAUAUUCGUACGGAAAACUCAUUUUGAAAUUUAAAUUUGGUGACUUUCACCAGUUAACACAAGGAUUACGUAUAAAGACAGCCGUCGAUCAAACACAGCUUUCAGAUUCUGCUUGUUUUACAGUCGGUAAACAGACCAUAGAGUGUAUUUUUUAGCUCAAGUUGUCUGUAUGGGCGAAUUAUGUGCUUCAAAAUGUAUAUUUUAAUUUACGCUGCAAGCUUAGCUCUGUUCGCCUUGUGGGGUAUUUUUGGGAAAGCAGGUGUACAUACAUUGAUGGAAAUUAUCUUCAGACAAGGCGCCUUUUUCGAUUAAAAAAAAUUCAGGCCAACAUUUGACAGAUAGCCUGCGUCCGCACUUAAAUUGGGCCCAACCUUCACGGCAAAUUAAAAUUUCGAACUAGAAGAUAAAAAUCUCUACACGCUAGUAUGGGAUAAGUUAUGUUAUCUCCGCUCUUGGUCUCUUUACGCCGCGAUUCCAAAGAUAUCAUUCGUCUGUAAAAACUGACAGGUGCUGUUCAACCACACGCCGUACACACACACACACCAACUCUUUCUUUAAAACAACUAUUAAAUGAACUUUAUCUCCAUUUCUAACAAAGGGCUAUUUACAGCAAGGAAUUGUCUCUGACAAAGGCAUAUUGCUGUUUGAAAAUUUACUAGUUUAGAAGCCAUCACCCAUGCUGCCUUGGAGGUGUUUGCGCAGAAAAGCCCAAAUUUGCAUUUGAAAAAUGAAUUUUCGUUCGGCCGCUGCGAGUUCUCUUUUUUUGGCAUCGUAUUUUAAUUGAGUUGAGAGGGAUCUCGGUGAUCACAGAAAUAUUUCACGCAAAGCUUAAGAGACAAACAGAAAGUAAAAAAACACAACGAUAUUUUGACGUAGAAAUUCCGGACUUUGUACGCCUUCCGAAGUAAUUUUUCCUGUUUCUUAUGCAGUUAUUGUAAUCUGCAGGAUAGAAGGACGGUCUUAAAUGAAUGAAAUGUUUGUUUUUGUUCCAAGAUAUUACAUUAGCAUAUUUAUCAUUCAAACCGACACAUUAAGCUUUUAGGGUAAUUCAAACCAUUUUUGUUUUCUUCUAAGCACAGCUCUUCUAUUUACAGUCGGCGAAAAUAAUGAGCUCCUCUCGGCCUACAUUGAUUAAUAUAAGUAAAUCUAUAAUAAAAACCUUUUCGAUUUGAUUUACAAAAUUCAUGAUUUUUUCUCUUUCAGUUUGUAUGUACACUUCACGAUAAGAUAUGCAACGGCGGAGAAAAAACUCUCAACGUUCCUUUUGUAUUAACCAGCUUCUUAGCACUUUUUUUCGGCUUAUUUGACUUGCACUUCCUUUCAAUUGCUCUAAUGCCAAUAUCCUAAUCAUGUAAAUUAACCAGCUGGGCCGAGACCACCAAUAAUUUAAGGGGGAGGAGGUAGGCUGGAUAAUGAUAUUUAUCCAAAUUAUUUUAGCUGUAAGUGACGCGGCCCUCAAUCACGUGACCACAAUCAAGUUAAUUCAUUUUCGCAUUCUGAUCCAGGAUCAGCCUGCUUAGGCCCAAACUUAGAUUUACGAAAGUCUACAGAAAUUGAAUGACUUGAGAUUCGUCUGAACACAACAUAUUACAACUACUCGAUCAGCGUACAUAGUCGAAAAUCUAAUUUUCAGUCCACAUCAGUGUCAAGCUAGUCAAAGACUUCUAGGUCAAGAUUGUACGGUAUCUACGAAGAAACUUGCUUUUCUUUGUUUACAAAGAAUCACGUUCUUUUUAUUCAGACGCUCGAAGUCCUCUGUGAAAUGUAAAUUUUUAAGCCUUGAAAAAUGAAUCCCGUCUUGUCACCUCUUGCGUUGUUCACCUCAUUCUUGAAUCAAUGAUAUCAAACUUGUGAGAAAAUGCGUCCCUGUUUUUCCAUUCAGUCUUUUUACGCCCAGAAUUUCAUUGAGCAGUUUUAAGCUGGUAUGUCAGUAUGAGGCCCAAGACCUACCAAGUUACCAACCAGGUAGCCAUGUUUUCCAAGGUUAUUGAAUAAUAUUUUGUUCAGACCCUAUUUCUUUUCAUUUACGGCUACUGUAGUCAUCUUAUGCAGAGGGUCGCUUUUGUAGCUAAUUGAUAACGAGCGUUUCGCAUUGCAAAGAAUUUAAGUGUAUCAUGACUUAUCAGUUUGUUCACUGCGCCGUGUUCAAGUGUGAGAAAAGUAGCUUUAGUGCUAACUGAAAAAAAAACAAACAGUAGUCACAGGGCUGGUGGCCCAAGCAUUAACUGACUGCUUACGACUUGUGAUCAAUCAACAACAACAACACCUAUAGAUCGUAAAGAAUUUAGUAUGGCAGUUCACCUAUCAAAGUACAGUGAGUGAAUUAAUGAUCCCUAACAACCCUGUUUUGGAAUUUGUGGAGUCUUUUGUUCGUAUAUUGAUCAGUUAUUAAAAAUCUAGACAGCUGUCUAACAAGUAGCCCAGGCUUUCGAGAUACGUUUUUGUCUCCAUAGCCCUCGAUUCCAUUAUUCAGCGGACCUCUGCAUGAGACUCCUUUCUGCAGCCUUACCGUAAUCCGAACUCUGAGUACAAAAACGGGUUCUUUGUAUUGAGAUUUCACAGGAGUUUCACUGGCUCUUACUUUCUUUUUUUGUUCUCAUUCAUACCAACAAAUCUAAUGUGUUUCCUUACUGAGUUGGAAGUUUAGUAACAAAGUCUUUGCUUACUGCUAAAGAAGCAAUCUGCCUUUAUCGUCAAAAGUUUUGAUGGUACAGGAAACUGCGAGACACAAAUCAUUUUCUCAGUUCCGAGUUGUCGUAUUUCGAAAGCUAUUAGGAAAUCAUUUAAUUCGACAUUAAUUGUGAAACAUUAUCUUUAUCUUGAACUAUUAUUUAUAUUUAAGGAAACACAAACAUUGGCGGUCGAGCUACAAUCCACGCAAUGUUUAUUGUAAUCAAAAAUAGUUUUCAUCAACCCGAACUGUUUGUCUCAUUUAGCUGGAGGUUAUUUCUGUUCGUCCUUGUCCACUCGAAGUUACGUUGCGCUAGCGCUGCGUUGUUUCAAAAUUGCGAAUUUGUCUUCGUUGUACCGUAAAGCAGUAAACUUGUCACAAAGUAGUUCAAAAUCAGUAAAAUUAUUUAUUACUACUUUGGGACAAAACAUUGAAAAGAAAAAGCCGUUUUGAAGUAAGUGAUAUUUGAUUUAGUACCUUAAAUGAAAGCUUUUUGCAUCCAUAAUCAAAAUAGCUUUCCUAAUUGGAAAUUGCUAAAGGUUAUUUAUGCCAAUUUCGUUUUGAAAGAAAAAAAUAGCAUAUCCAUGACAGAAAACGAAAAGAUAAAGUGAAAGAGUUAACGAAGAUAUAUCGAAAUUUGUGAUAAGAAAUUUACUUUUUUGUGUUUUUGAGAUAAACUGGAAAAAAAUCAACAUUAGCAGAACAAGAAUUUUUUCCAGUUGUAGGCAGAAUUGUUCUAGGCAAUUCAAGAUGACUUGCAUAAUUUUUCUGACAGCCAUGUUAAUUGCGUCAGUGGAUAUCCGGCCCUUUCCUUUUCAAAUGAUUUUUCUUUUACUGACAAAAAGCUAUGAUUGGGCAGAAUGCGGAGCGCAAUGAAAUGCUCUGUCGAGGCGGGCGCUGGUAAAUAAACAUGCCUGAAUAAUACGAGUGCAUUCUGUCUCCUAAGACAAACAUGUCUUGUAAGUUUCUUGAUAUAAUCACGUCACUUUUGUCCAUAUUAAGUACAUACUUUCGUUUUUGCAUAUUAAACAGUUCGAGGCAGCGAGAUCGGGGCGACUAAACGUUGCGCCCACCAAAUCCGCUUGAGUUCUUGCUCGAUUCAAGGAAACGCCGUUUGCCACAUCGUAAGAUCGCACCCGCUACAAAUGUAUACAUUUCCAGAUGUUUUGAAGUACUUCCAGACUACUCUGCAUAACGUUGCUGAAAGCCGCUGUGAAUGAAAAUCCUGGGGUCCACUGUGCCUCAUUUCUGCUACAAAGAACUGUGGCUAGAGAGCGUCAUUUUAUUGGCCGGUUUUUGCCUCAGCAUGUGCCUGCCUGCGAUGUUGCUUGUAUUCAUUGUUGUCGUUACUUUACUGUACGUGCGGUACCUCCAGAACCAGCAGGAAUUCAAACCAUGUUUGUACUACAAGAAGUCGCGCAUAAGCGUCGUUAUAAAAAAAGGUUGCAAGCGACUGAAUGAAGACUUCAGGCCAACAUUUUGGGCGAGGAAUAGCCAUAUUCAGACACUUCUGCCCUGGAUCUGUUCCUGGUGGCAGGAAGAGCUGGAAUUUAAUCGCGAAUAUUUACAAAUGGCGGACAAAGGAGUGGUUGCCUUGGACUGGCUGGCGGUGGAUGACAAAACGCUGACGAAAAUGAGUCCAGUUAUGUUACUUAUACCCGACUUAACCGGCGCGGCUACAGAUAUGGCAGCCGCCUGCACAGAGGUUUUGGCGCGAAACUUUCGUCCGGUGGUUUUCAAUCGGCGCGGCCAUGGCGGGACAUCUUUAUCAACUUACCGUUUGCAAAGUUUUGGAGAUGCGCGUGACUUAGACGAGGCUGUGCAAUUCAUCCGCCACAUGUAUCCAUAUUCGGAAAUAUUUGCCAUCGGAUUUUCUACCGGCUCAGGGCUGCUACUGUCCUAUUUGGGAGAAACUGGUGCGGCAACACAAAUUAAUGCUGCAGUUUGUAUCUCGCCCUGUUACGAUGCUGAAGGGCUGUUUACCUCUAAAAGUGCACCCGAGCCCUACAACUGGCUUUGGACGUUAAAACUUAAAUCUAUCUUGCGACAGCACCCGUGCUUAGGAAACGUGAUCAAUUACAAUCUUGCACUCCAAAGCUCGAACAUUAAAGAACUGGAUGAACGCGUUUUCGUGAAACUAAAUCAGUAUAAUUCCUUGGAAGAGUAUUGGAGAUACAAUGAUCCAAUGCGCAACGUCACAAAUAUUACCAUUCCUGUACUCUGUGUGAGCGCGCUGGAUGAUCCCAUAUGCACUAAAGAUACGAUCCCCUUUAGCCUUUUUAAAACCUCGUCCAACCUCUUUUUGGUAACUACAGACAAAGGAGGUCAUUGUGGAUUUUUAGAGAAUGGUAUUCCGUCCUCUUGGGCGAACAAACUCGCCUGUGAUUACCUGGAGACAGUGUUUCAUCAAGGGGUACCGAAACAGCCCGAGGAAAACCACAUCAGUUUCUUUCCUGAAUUUAAUGGUACAAGAAAUCGAAGUUACACAACGUAGCAAGCGAUAUAUUUGACGCUGUUAUUAACUGAUGUAGCCAGAGCUACGUGCGGUUCAUCUCAAAACAUUUUUGUUGGGCACGCAGAAAUAAAUAAAAAACGAUUUCGUUUCAAUAAACGGAGAGAUUAUAGAGUUUUGAACCUGAAUUAACUUUUAAUUUAUAUGCCAAUCGCCAGGCUGACUACUGCAGACUUCAUUCUGUAGUCAUUUAAGAUAUCUAAUUGAAAUCCCGAUAAUAAAACUACAAAAUAUUUAAAGGUGUGUUCACUCAUAUUUCAAGGUAUCACCACUUUUUUGUCCGCCCGCCAUGUUUUAUAUUCCUCUUUACAGUGGGAGCGCAUUAUUUGCAAGUUAUAUUGAUAUUCAAAUGACUUCGCAUAAGCCUUGUUUACUUUUUACAAGAGUAAUUAAUAGACUUACGGCAGAAAACAGUGAUCCCAAAGAGGUUUAGCGUGACUUAAAUGGUAAAAGACAAUUAUCCCUCCACUCACCAAUCUAGCUGGCUGAAACACUUAUUCAAGGUAAGCUCCACUACAAGGAGCCCCCGGGAUGGCAUUGCAAUGGAAACUGGUGUGUUUGUGGAUGGAUUACGUUUUGUUUGCGCUCCAAGAGACGAGAUUCUUGACUGAAAGAGAGCGUUGACAAAGCUUUUGACGGAUCAAAUCACUGCUUUAAUCAACUUCCCUCAAACUGAGUCUUUUGCGAAUUGUCCUUUUGACAAACCCAUUGUUUAACUGAAAAUAGCAGUUCUCCAUACUUUACCAUACACUUCUUGCAGCGCUUGGUUUGAGAAUGUGUGGAUGAAUCAGGAUAAUAUCCUCAAGAUUGUGUUAAUGCUCGACAGUAGGUUGUUACUGAAAGUCGGCCCGAUCUUUAUAUCGCUAUUCUAUAUGGGAAGUCUUAAAAGAGGUUAAAAUUAGUUCUCCAAUAACACAUAUAUGUCAACGCAAAGUUAAAAGCUGAUGGUUCAAGUGUUAGCGAGUCCUUGUCGCAGCCAAUAAAAUGUGUGUGUAAACGGAGGUUCGACCCAUAAAUCAAUGGAAUCAAAAAUGAAUGUGAAGAGGGUAUUUAUUGUUUUAUUUUGUACUAAAUUUGACGAUGCUAGGAACGGAUAGCCGUUACAUGUAUUUGAAUUUUAGCCUCGUUUGGGGACGUUACUCUAUGGUCGAGCGCGGCACGCGUGGAGUUGUGGGACUGAUGUUGAUAAGAAAGGAGACGCCUGUCAGUCGUACACCUUGUUCCGUUUCUUGUCGAAAGGCAUUAUUGCCUAUGUGUGGAUGUCAUUUGCCAAGGAAUAGGCCAUUUCCGAGUUGCGUUUUGCCUCUCUGUGUCAACACGAGUAAACCAUUCAUAAGGACGAAAAUGUGUUCCCCUAAGGAUCAUUUUCAUGCAAAUCAAACUCAUAUGAAAGGUUUUGCUCGGGGACUUCUUUUGAAACAGACGUACAAGGUAACUCGAAAAUGGCCUAAUAUUGUUAAGAGACAACUUCAACAUGUUCUCGUUUGUACUCAAGCACGCGACGCGCCGGUACGAAAAUAAAUUUUGCAAUAUUUGUCAUAAAUUGUAUUAACAGUUGUCGCGUGCAUUUUAAAAUUGUUUGUCGUAUUUUGCAAUAACGAAGCUUUAAUAAUUAAGAAAUAAAAAACAUGUACCGUG